AUGAUUUUAGACGAUACUAAUUCAACUUCAUUGGUUGUUAAUCUGGUGAUCGUUGGCUUUCAUCAUAAAAAAGGACAUCAAAUCGAGUAUAGUUAUCCAUUGGCGAAAGAAAGUUUAGAUGAACAAUGGUCAAAUAUUUUAUCUUACGCAUUACCAGAUGGUGCACAUAAUCGAGAGAAAGAUUUGAUUUAUUUCCAUAUACCAUCGUUAGAUAAAGAAACGAAUGCUCAACGGACAUUAUUUGGUAUUGCUGCAUAUAGACAGAUUGACGCUAAUAGUAUUGUUAAUAAAGAAGCAGAUGUAACGAGAAAUUCGAUUCAAAAAAGUGUCUGUCUUUUGUUAAGACAACCAUUGUAUGGAAACAUCAGUGAAGAACUUCAAUUGUUAACGGAGAAGUAUUUCGAAGAGAAAGAUUUUAGUAAAAUAAAUCUAUUCGAAGAAUUUGUUCAAAAAUUGAAUCUCAAUCCACUUGUAUUUGAUAUAAAGUAUUUUUCCGCGAAAGAUUUAUUUAUUCAAUAUCGACGAAAGACUUUAAUUCUUUUAAAACUUAUUUUAUUACAAAGAAAAGUUCUAUUUAUGCUAUCACCAAUUGAAAACUUAGUCAAAACCAUUCUUACUCUAGUAUCAUUGAUUCCCGGUAAAUCUACGAAAUUGAUUCCAAAUGGUCUAAAUGAAUGUACAUUACUUGGAGAAAAGGAAAAUCUUCCGCGAUCGAUCAGUUUAAACGAUACCGAAGAUAUUGUUUUCGAUAAAAAUUUCAACCAGCAACUCAAUUUCGAUCAAGUCAAAUUGAAAACCCAAGUGGAUGAUGAUGAUGAUGAAGUAGAAAGCUCAUCAAUUAGUACACAAGAAAAAGAAAAGGAAGAAGGAGAACAACAGGAAACGAAAUUGAAUUUAAUGAAACGUGCAACAUCAUUAACAGCAAAGUUAUCUGAUACGUUCAAUCGAUUAACAACGACGACGACUACAAACACGGCGAUGACAACAAGUCCAUCAACUCUUAUUGCAAAUUAUUCACAAGAUUAUCUGAACCAUUUAGAUCAACUUCAAUUUCCAUUGCAAUUGUUCAACAAAAAUAAUCUUCUUCAUCCAUAUUUACCGUUGAAUAAUCUCGAUCUAUUGACAAAUCGAAAUGUUAAUUCGUAUGUGAUUGGCGCGAGCAAUGCAUUAUUUCGACAACAGGUCACUCAUGAUAUCAUUAUUGUUGAGAAUGAUGAGGACUUUCUCAUUCAAUCAUCACAAUUGAAAUCUGAACUGCAAUUGACAACUGCCGAUUUGAGAUUUUUGCAAAUGUUCGAAGAGGAAAAUAAUGGUAUUAAGAGUGAGGAGGAGAUUCGACGUUUAUUUUUAAAUUAUCUCUUAUCGUUGAUGGCUGUUGCGCAAACACCAAACGAUGAAGCAAUGAAUGACUUCAAUUAUUCAUUUGUUAAAUCAUUCCAAUCGACAGAAGCUUUUCGUUUGUGGCAGUCGAAAGGACCGUAUCCAUAUUUUGAUCAAAUUAUUCCAAGACAUCCGCAGGCUGGACAACUCAAUGUCGCGGAUGUUAAACUGCGUGUUGCUCAUGUCUUGGAUGAUACGGAGACCGGAAGAAAAUUGAAAGGAGCGUUUGAAGAUACUUCGCAUUUUAUGGGAGAAAAAUCCCGUGCGGCAACGAAAGUUCUUGGUCAAGCAAAAAAUUCCAUUUUUUCGUCAGUGAUUGGAACAAUUAACCAAGGAAAACAAUGGCUAAAUAAACCACCAACGUCAUCCGAUUCUUUAACAUCAAUGUCAUAA